AUCAAAAGGAGAGUUUUAGGAGGAGUUUUUAUUUAUUAAUUGAUUUUUAAGCAUAUAAAUGCAAUAAAACCCUGACAUUUUUUAUGAUAGAUAGGCAAUAGAAAUGCCGAAAUUUUAAGAUUUACCUACAAACAAUGCUUAAAAUAUCCAUAAAAUUGAAAACAAUUAAUAACCACAAUAAAAUAAAAUCUAAAAUCUGAAUAUUAUUAGAGAUUACAAAGAUUAUAUCUUACAGCUUUCAGAACAAGAAAUAGGAGAAUUUUUAAAAAAUGAUUUGGAAUUCUUGAUAAAUAAUUUUUAUCAAAACAAUUUAUAUGAGGAAAGAAGAAAUAGCUUGAUUGUUAUUGUUUACAUUUUGUAUUUCUUAAAAAGUAUUGAUACUGCUAAUUAGAUUAUCAAGGAGCUUAGUUAUUACUUAAAUUAAGAUGAAAAUAAUUUCUCUGGAGUGAUUAACUUUCAAGAUUUAAAAUUGCUAAUAAAAAAUGAUCAAUAAAUAUGUGGAAGUCUUCUAAAAUUUUUGUCGAUUUACAAAAUAGGAUAUUUAAUGAAACCAUUUAUAAAAGAUAUGAAACUCAAUCUUGAAAAUGUUGAUAAGCUAACUUCUUCUCUUUUAAUAUAAAAUAACAAUUUAGAUGCAAUAAAUUACCUACUAAACUUUCAAAAUGAUGCACUAAACUAAUAAGAACUUGAUAAAACUAAAAAUAUUAUAUUUGGCAUUCUAGAAAAGCGCUAUGCUGAGUACAAAUACUUUCAAAGCUCUUCAAUUCUAAGUAUAAGGUAGUUUUCUUUAAUAUCCAUGUUUGAAGUUUUUUUCGAAAGUAAUUUUGAAAAUUUAUGGCAAGGAAUGUUAAAAUAUCUAAAAAAUUAUAGCUAGUUAGAAUCAGGAACUAUUUUCGUUUUGUAGAAGAAAACAAUUUAAGAUGCGAUAAAAUUUAGAAGACUUGAUUUUAUUGUUCAAUCUCUUUUAUUCUAUCGCUAAGAUACUGAAAAAAUUCUUAAUUAAGAGGAUGUGUUUUUUAGUUUGAUACCUAUGAUAAAUGAAACAAAAUAUUUUAGUGAUAUAAUUUGCAUAUUGAGUUAGUUUUAUAAAUAGAUAAAAUCUAGGAAACAAUAAGAAUAUUUAAUAGAAAUAUUUACUAUGAUGCUUAAUAACAAUUGUCCUAUUAUUAAUAGUUAAAAUAUUUUAUCAAAUGGACAUAUUUUAACAAGUAGCGUUCAUCAAAUUGGUCAUGCCUGUAGAAGUGCCCACACUUCUCCUAAAUCUACUAAAAAUAUACACUUAAAUUUAUUAGAAUCUUAAGUCUAUAGUUAAGAUUUGCAGAAAUUUAAUAUCAAUUUAAGUUAUCUAUUUUACACAUUAUCUCCAAUUAUAACUUGCACUAUAAUUUCAAAAAUAUUUUAUAUUUUAAGCUAAAGAUUCAAUUCUCCAUUAAAGCUAAAGCUAAAAUAAGUUGCUCUUGAGUAUUUAAAUUUAUCGAUUGCUUUCAGCCAAGAAGUAGAAGAUUUGCGAUAAUGGAAAAUGUUGUUAUUUGACAUUAUUUAUCCAGCAAGAUUCACAUUAAUUUAAAUAACUCUAAAUUACAAGGACUUUUUUUCUCCUCUUUUAAGCCUAAAUAAUAUAAAAAAUACCUUAUUUACUAAAUGGAAAUCCGAAUAUAAUUUUUCAUACAAUAUUUUAGCCUGUUCAUCUUAAAUGAAUCUAUUUUAGGAAUUAAUUUAGCUUUAAAAUGGUAAAAUUAGGGAUUUACCUCCUUUUGUUCCAGCAGAAAAUAUCUCAGAUUUGCAAGGCAAAGCCUUCUAGAACUUUUAGAUUAUGCAUUCACAACCUAUAAUUGAUGAAAAUAAUCAGCGAAAUGCUAUAUUUAAUAAUGAAAACUUUUAAAAAAUGAAUGAAUAAAAGAGAGUAAUGGUGUAACAAGAUUUUUAAAUAGCUUUUUCACAAGCAGAAGACUAAGACACUGAAAGAUAAAAAGAAUUGUAAAUAAAACAAAGACUUGUUGGACACUCGCAAUUUCAAGCUCUUUAAAAAAAGCCGCGUUAUCCAAAUUUAAGUAAAAUGCUGUAUUUCUUACAAGAAGGAAUAACACUUGUAAAAGAAAGUCAUAUAAAAAAUGAUUAUUAUUUUUACUAAUAAGUUGUCAUAUAAAGAUCAGUUAUGAUGAGAAAUAUUUUGGAGCUAAUAUUUUUUAUUAUUUUAUUUUUGUUAUGCUUUAUUUAUUCGCUAGACUUCAUUAAUUAGUAUAUUAAUUUCUAGAAGAUCUCCAGCGCAUACUUACAAUUAUAUUUUUAAAAUAUUCCUCCAGAUCAAUAUAUUUAAUCUUGGUCUUAAAUUUGCAGCCAAUUUUUAACUAAUCUAUAAAUAAAACAAGUUAGCGUACCAAUAAACUCAUUACCUAAUAAAUAAAGCUAUUUUGAUUUCUGUGUAUAGCAUGUCUAGUACUAAAGCUGUGGUGUAUAAUAAAUUUAUGACUUAUUUAUAAAUGAUUGCUAAUAUUUAGAAAAAUUGUUUGUGGCUAUGAAUGAAUUGAGCGUCACUCCAAAAGUUUUUUUUGGACUGUUUACAUCGUAUGUCUUACAUAUAAUUUAAUUACUUUGGUAUCAGAUUUUGAUUAAAAAAAGGAGAUACGUAUUUGGAUUUUUUGAAAUUGUAGAUUUAGUCAUCACAAUAUUGGCUUGUUUAAUUGUGUGGCAUAUGGAUUCUAACUUAAAUCCUUCUGUUUACAUAUCAAAAUAAUAAAACUAAUAUGAUCUGAUUAGCAAUUGUGAGACAUUUAAGAAUUUACUGAUGUUUUUCUUUUUAGUUUUAUGGGUAAGACUUUUUCGUUAUGUAAGGAAAACCUCAAAAUUUGGAAAAAUAAUUAAAAUAUUUGAACUAGUCGUAAGGGACAUGUUUUGGUUUUUGAUAAUAAUACUUCUAGUGGUUGCAGCAUCUUCCAUGUUUUUUUAUAUUGGAUUUGGCUAUGCUUAUUCGGAAUAUAAUAGCUUUGCUGAGGCUUACUUGUAACUAUUUUCCUCCAUUUUUUCAGGUUUUUCUCUAAAUGGUAAAAGAAUGGACACUCAACUUUACUUGAUCAUCUUCUUGAUAAUUUUUAAUAUAUUUGUAAUAAAUAUAUUAAUUUCUGUCCUAUCAAAUAAUUACAAGCGUGUUUCUGAGCAAGCAAAUAUGGAAUACUCGCUAAUAUUGUAUGAGGACUACAUUAAAUUAAAAAAAAAUGAUAUUUACGGUUCUACUUUUUACUUUCCACCUCCUCUUAAUGUGAUAAAUUUUAUAUUCACUCCUUUGAUUUACUUUUUUCCAAAAUAUUCGAUUCUAAUUAAUAAAAUUAGCUUUCAAAUAUCAUACACUGUUCUAAUGAUUGGCUUUAUUGCACUUUUUACUUGUUUGUAAGCUUUGCUGAUAAUACCAUCUUAUAUAAUAACUUUUUUCCUAAUCAUUUUUAACAUCAACAACUCUUUUACACUAAGAAGUUUACAUAGAAUUUUCCUAUCUAUUCUAUGGCUUGCUUUAGGUAUUCCUAUCCUCUUAAUUUAAAUAUUUUUCAAUGAUUUUCCUUUGUUUGUGAAAUCUUGUUUCUUUGCUCUUCAUAAGAAAAAAAUAUAAAAAAUCUUUGAAAUAGACUAGUAUGAAAAAGUGAAUAUCUAAUUUUUAAGGAAUAUUUUGAAAAAAAUUCGCUAGAAGAGUAAAAAGAAGGCAUUGCUUUCUCUUUCUUGCUAUAACGCUUCUGUUUUCACUCAUGUUCCUUGCCAAUCUAAUUUCCAAAGUUUAGCAUCUCAUUCGCCAAGUUUUGCUGGAAAUACAAAUUUUAUUUGGAAUAUCAAUAAUAAUUAGCAUGUUUUGAAUAAUUAAAACACUAAAUAGCUUAACAAGUUUGAUACAAAUAGUUCAUAAACAUAUUUUAUAGAAAAUUAAAAUAAUGCUUAAUAAGAAAAAAUAGAAUAAUUGCUUUAAAAUGGGAUUUUUUUACAAAAUAAUUAAGCUAUUGUAAAAAAUUUUCCAAAAUACCCAUAAAAUAAAAUAAUGUAGUAAGAGUAAUCAAUAUCACCUUCCUAUCAAAUUUAGUAAACAAAUUAAGGGAACGAGAAUCAAAUUAUAGACUUGUCUUAUAAAAUUAAAGUUUCCCCACCUCCCAUUUUAGAUUAAAAUAGUAAGAUAGUUGAUUCAGUUACGACUACAAUAGAUGACACUUUAAACACUUUAAAAAUAUUAGGAUAAAACGAUUAAUCAAAUAAGCAAGAAGAUGCUAAUUAGGGGUUAAAUUGCUAGAAUAACCAGAUUACGAGCAAGAACACAAAACAGAAUCAACAAUAGCCAACUUUAUCUUAAUUUAACAACUAUUCUAAAGCAAAAAAAAUCCCUCCAAAAUCUUAAAAUUAAGAAAACUAAAUUUUUUCCUAAAAUUCCAAUGCUAAUAAUCUUAAUAAUUAAAAUAUCAAAAACGAUAGAGCAUACCCAAUACUUUUCAUAGAUACUACUUAAGAAGAAAAUUAAGCAAAUAUUUAAGGGUUUGAUGAUGAAAGUUUUUUUGAGCCUAAAAGGAGCAAUUCUUAGUAAAACAGCUAAAUUAAUCCUGAUAUCUUGACAACCAAAAAAGUGACAGAAAUGUAUUACCAAGAAGUCAUUGAGCAAUAAAAGUAAAAAAAUAUUUUGUCUACAGCUGGGCAAAAGAAAGGAGAGCCUUUACAAGAAAUUGCUAUGCUCUAAUCAUAAAUAAGCUAAUUUCUAUAAACAGAAGAAAUUUAGAGUUCUGGAUUAUGGUUAGAACUCUUCUUGAAGCGUACUUCUUAUCAAGCAAAUAAUUUAAAGUAUUCAAUGUUAUUGUAAUACUUACUAGAUGCUAAAAAAUCGACUUGCUUUAUUUAGGCAAAAAGUAAAAAUGUCAAAAAAUAGCUUGAAAAACAAUCUGAAUUGAUUUCACUGGUUGAUGUACAGAUUGGAAAACGAGUGAUUUCCAAAUUUUUAUAAUGCAAUUAAUUUUUAACCUAAAAAUGAAAGAGAAAAAAGAAAAAGAAUGAAUAAAUGAACGAGUGAAGAAAUAAAACAAUGCAUCAUUAAUGGCAUAAAUUCGUAAUGGAUAAAUAAAAAAUCAAUAACAAUAAUUUAUUAAUAUAUCUAUAAAUAAAUAAAAUGAAAGU